AUGCACUAGGAUCCUCAAAACAAUGAAGAGAUUAUAUAACUUUAGAUUAUUGAAAAGGAAUUAUCUACUGAUUAAUAAUUAUAAUAACUCUGUAAACAAAUAGGAUAAUAGAAUCAAAGUAAAGUUUAAUUAAUAUAAGAUCCGAGAUUAUUGCUUUUUUUAUAAGAGUUAUUUAAAGCGCUCAUUAAUUCCUAUAUUCAUAAAGAUUUACUCUAAAAGACCAUUAAAAUAUUAAACAAUAUUUUGAAUAAAUCAAAAUUUAAGAAUAGACCUAUAUAAAAUUCAGAUUUAAGCCAUUAUAUCAACCAGAAAUAUAAUGAAGUUUUAAGUACUCACUUUAUAAAUUCAUAGCUCAUUUUUAUGAAAAAGCCUUUUUAAAAGGUCCUGAUGAUGCAUUCAAACAUAUGAAUUUUGUUUAUUACAAAAAGAUAGCAAGGGAUUACUUAUAGUCUUCUAAUUGUUUAAAUCCAGCAAUGUCAAAAAAUAUCUUGACAAAAAUUGAUUAAUCCUAUUAAAGUUUUACAGGUAAUACUCCUUAAGAAUUUGAAAUGGUUGUCUUUGACAGUUUAAAUUAGCAGGAAUAAGAAUUAUUUACAUAAAUUGUUUCUGAAGAUUAAAGUAAAGCUCCUAAAUAGACAAAUAGCUUAUAAGAAAAAUUCUUGUCAAAUCUUCCCCCAGAUUUAUAAGAUAAAUUUAAAAGCUCAAAUUUUACUGAUAUUUAAGCUUUUAAAGAUCAUCUAAUUUAAGAAAAAUAGUAUAAAGGUAUAGAAAAAAUAUUAGGAUAUAUAUUUGUAGAUAAAUUAAAUUUUUAUUUAAAUUCUUAUUAUUUUGUGAAUUCAGCAAAAAAGAUCUAAGAAAAUAAACCAGAUUUAUAAAAAUUAUUACAAGAAUUAGAGAAGGAUAUCAUAGAUUCUUAAAAAGAUUAUUUCUCUUUUAUUGAUAUUCCAUCUGUCAAAUACUUUUAUAAAAGUCUAAAGUCAAAACGUGUUAGAAGUUUGAAAGGAUAAUUUUUUUCAUUUAAAAAAAAAUUGAUAGAAUUUAUAAAAUCAGAAAUCAAUUCUUUUGAAGUUCCAAAGAAAUUUAAUAUAACAUAAUUUGAAAAAUGGAAUGAAAUUUAUUUUAGUUUGUAUUCAGAAUUGUAAAGAGCUACAACAAUAGAAGAAUCUAAUCUUGCUUUUAAAAUAAUUUAAAAUGUUUAACAAUUAAUAUUAUCAUUCCUUAAAUUUAGAUGGAAUUAUCUAUAUUUAUUUUGUGCAUUAAUUGUAGAAGCAAGAUUAUAAUAAGAAGAAUUAGAUUAGAUUUUAGAUAUAGCUUAUGAUAUGAUGCAAAAUACAAAUAAAGCCAAUUUAAAUAAACCAUUUGAUUAAAUUUUAGCUUAAUUAAAUGAAAAAGCAAAUACUUAAAUAGUAUCAGAUUAUUUUGAUAGAAAUGGACAUAUUUCUGGUUAUACGUCUUUAUAAAUGAUAGAAUCUCUCCUUCCUUAUAUUAAUAAUAAAUUGAUUAAAGUUAUGCUUCAAAUCAAUUUAUAACAUACAUAAAAAAUUAGAUUGAUAAAUGAAUUAAAAACUUAUGAGUUCUAAUUAAUACAUGAUUGCAGUCAAAAUUUAAGAAAUUAUUCAAAAAUAUUUGAGAAAUUAUAUGAUUCUAUUUUGGAGGGGGAAAAGGAAGAAAAGGAUUAAAAAGCAUCAUUUUUAAAAGCAUAUCCAAUAUCAUAUUAAUAAAAAUUAAAAUUGAUAGUUUUUGAAAGAUAAAAUAAAUAAAUCCAUUAAUAAUUUUAUAAAUAAUAUUAAUUGAAUAUUUCAAAAUUGAAAUCAGAUUAUUAGAAAAGGAAUUUGGGACCAUAUUAAGAAAUAUUUUCAAGAGAAGAAAAAAUUAGUUAAAUUUGUGAAUAAUUUAUUUUAAAAGAGGCAGAAAAGUUAAAUUAGUAAUACUAAAAUGAUGUUUAUAAAGAUCUGUAUCUAAUAUUUAUAGAGACAUUUGUUAAGGAUAAUCCAUUUAUUUUUUUCUUACCAGCCUUAUUAAAAGGAUUGGGUUUCUUCAAAUUGUAAAAAUAAUUUUUUUUUGAAAAAAUUGAAAGAGUUAGAUUUGCUGCUGUUGCAUUCAAAGAUAAAGAUUAAAAUGAGAUAAAUAAAUUUAUAGAAUAUAUGACUUAUUAAAAGGAUUUAUUUACUUUUGAAUAAUAAUUUGAAAUCGCAAAGAACAUUUAUAACUUUUAUAUAGCAUUGCCAUAAUAUGGUACAGAUUGUAAACCAAUAACAGACCCUUUUCCUGUUUUUAGUUAAAUGAAAAGCAUCACUGAUUAUAAUUCUACAACUUAUAAUGCUAUUUGUUUUUUUACAACUAAAUUUUUUAAUUAAGACUAAAAAGCUUUAAUUAAAGGUGAAGACCAAUUAAAAAAUAGUGAUUUAAUGAAGAAAAUUUCAAAUUUAAUGAGUGAUAAAAUUUAAUUUGAAAAUACUUAAUAAGAUAAUUUUACAGCUUAAUAUUAAGAAUUAAAAAACUAUAAAACUCUUUUAAUAAAAGAAGUACAAUAAAUUAAUGAUUAAAAUUUUUAAAAUAAAUGUAUUGAAGUAUUUCAAAAAUAAGCUAGUAGAUAAUUUAUUAUGAAUGAGAUUAUUGAAUUUAAAAAAUAAUAUAAAAUACCUUAGAAUGAAAUAGAAUUGUAUUUCACAGCAAAAUCUUAUUGGAUACAAGUUGUAAACAUGGAUUUAAGACAAACAAAUGACAUCGCAAUAAAAAAAAGACUAGAAGAAUAUUUCAAACAAGUACUUUCUCCUCAACCAUUUUAAUAAAUUAAUGAUAAAUUAUAAAAGGAUAUGAAUACAUUUCAAGACCCUUAUAUAAAAGACUUGUUAAAGAAACAUUAUCCCAAGUUUAAAGAAGAUUUUGAUAAAAAUCCAAAUAAAUCAGUUCUAUAAACUACAUAAAUUAAAUAGUCUAUAUUAUAAAUGUAAGUGAUAUAGAAGAAAUUAUCUUUAAUAAGAUCGGAUUCAAAAUAUAGAGAUUUUAUAAUUGAAGAUUAAUAAGUUUUGACUUUUAUUAAUGAAUAAUUUAGUCUUUAUAUGAAGUAACUUUUAGGAAAAGUAUUUUAAGUUGCUUUAGCCUAAAAACCAGGAUAUGAAUUAAAGGUUUUUUAAAAUAAAGUUAUAUCAUAAAAUGAUACCUAAAUGAUAAAAUAUAGACAAAAUUUAGAAUUAUAAGGAAGAUUUGGACCCCAAAAAAAUUCUUAUCUUGAUAUAUCAUUAUUAACAAGUAAUGAAAACAAGAAUUAAUUAUAUUAUGAAUUAUGUGAUUAUACACCAACUUAAAGGUAAAUAGAAUUUAGGAAUUUCUUAAUAGAAAUAGAACCACUUUAAGAAGAUAAGUUAAAGAACAAAAUAAGAAAAAAUAAAUGGAAAGAAGAACAUCCUGAAUUAGAGGAGAUUCUAAAAAAAAGAAUCAAAAGAGGAGCAGAAUUAUGGAAUUAAGUUUAAGACUUCCUUUGUAAAAGAGAGAGUAAUGAAAAUAUGAUGGAUUCAGAUGAAGAAUCAGAUAAAUAUAAGGGUUAAUAAUAAUAAAUUGUUGAUUUUGUUGAAGAUGAUCAAUUAGACUAAAAAAUUCAAGAAGUUCAAAGAAGUUUUGAAAGGCAAUUGUUGACAGGAAAAAAUUAUAUAAAAACAAGGUAAUUUAUUAGUUUAAUAAUUAGAUUAAAUAACAUGGAUAAUGAUAAUCCAUUAUUGACUUUAAAAGAAAUAACUGUAAAGACAGUUUAGUUUGUGUUGGAGUAGCAUCCCUAUUUCAAAAAGAGUAAGAUUUUAUAUAAAUCUUAUAUUUUGUGAGAG